CCCCUGGCAAGACUCUGACUACAUGUCCCAUGAUGCACCGUUUUGUUGUUACGUGAGGGAAAAACAGAAGAAGCGCCUCGUGACGGGUCGGGGGCGUGGCUUAGUUUCUCUGGGCUGCGCUCUUGGGCAACGGAUAAUCUAAUGUAUGACCGGGGAGUGUGAGAAAGCGGUGUCCUAACGGAGAUUUAUUAUUUUUUCUGGAUUUGAAACAACAUGGCAGACGUGGUGGAGGGAGAGGACGUGCGCUCGGCUGCGCCCUCCGUGUUGCGCUCCUCACGGCACGGCUCCGGCGGGAACGUUACUGCGGGCCCUCGGCUUGUCCGCAUUAUCAAGUCGGAUUCGGGUUACGGCUUCAACGUCCGCGGCCAAGUGAGUGAAGGAGGUCAGCUGAGGAGCAUCAAUGGCGAGCUGUAUGCGCCGCUGCAGCAUGUCAGCGCCGUGUUACCGGGCGGUGCGGCGGACAGAGCCGGCAUCUCCAAGGGCGACCGCAUUCUCGAAGUGAACGGCGUGAACGUGGAAGGAGCUACGCACAAACAAGUGGUGGAUCUGAUUCGAGCGGGAGAAAGGGAGCUCGUCCUCGCCGUACUUUCUGUCCCUCAGCCAGAGACGGACAGCCUGGACCCGGGAGAUGACGGCUCGUCCCAGUCCUGCUACGACUACAGCGACAAGCAGGCCGUGCCCAUCUCUGUGCCCACCUAUAAACAUGUGGAGCAGAAUGGCGAGAAGUUUGUGGUGUAUAAUGUAUACAUGGCUGGCAGACAACUCUGCUCCAAGCGCUACAGGGAGUUCGCCAUCCUGCAUCAAAACCUUAAAAGGGAGUUUACCACUUUUACUUUCCCCAAGCUGCCUGGGAAAUGGCCUUUCUCUCUGUCUGAGCAGCAGCUCGAUGCCCGAAGGAGGGGACUGGAGGAAUACCUAGAACGAGUGUGUUCUGUGCGGGUGAUUGGUGAGAGCGAUAUAAUGCAGGAAUUCUUGUCUGAAUCAGACGAGAACUAUAACGGAGUCUCCGACGUGGAGUUGAGAAUAGCCAUGCCAGAUAAAACCACAGUAACCGUCCGAGUUCGAAAGAACUGCACUACAGACCAGGUGUACCAGGCCGUGGUGAUGAAGGUCGGGAUGGACAGUAUCACCGCCAGUUACUUUGCUCUCUUUGAAGUCAUUAAUCACUCGUUCGUGCGGAAGUUGGCUCCGAAUGAGUUCCCGCAUAAGCUUUACGUGCAGAACUACACAUCGGCCGUUCCGGGCACCUGUCUCACUCUGCGCAAGUGGCUCUUCACUACCGAGGAGGAGAUCCUGCUGAACGACAACGAGCUCGCCAUCAACUACUGCUUUCACCAGGCAUUGGAUGAUGUGAAGAGGGGGUUUAUUAAAGCAGAGGAGAAAUCAUACCAGCUCCAGAAACUGGCUGAACAGAGAAAGGUUUCUAUGUACUUGAGUAUGGUGAGGUCAUGUGACGGCUACAACGAGAUCAUCUUUCCUCACUGCGCUUGUGACUCACGCCGCAAGGGCCACGUUAUCACAGCCAUCAGCAUCCGACACUUCAAACUGCACGCCUGCACUGAAGAGGGCACUCUAGAGACCCACGCCCAGAAUCAGGUGAUCGCUUUCGAGUGGGGCGAGAUGCAGCGGUGGGACACUGACGAGGAGGGGAUGGCUUUCUGCUUUGAGUAUGCACGAGGAGAAAAGAAGCCACGCUGGGUCAAAAUCUUCACUCCAUAUUUCAACUACAUGCACGAGUGCUUCGAGCGGGUCUUCUGCGAGCUCAAAUGGAGGAAAGAGGUUGAAGAGGAAGCGACAGAUAAAGACAAUAAGAACUGUAGUAAAGAUGGAAGAGGUAGGGGUUCAUCUUGUCGAUUGAAGGGACAAGAGACUGAACAAGCACCCGAGCAGCCUCUGUGGAUAAAAAUGGACGGAUCUUUCUGAUGCUGUUGAGAAGAAACCGACAUUAGCGCGUCACAUUAGCAAUAUCCAAAGAAAAGUACAGUUGAUUGCCCAUGGGUACCCCAAGGUUGUGAGCCAUGGCCAAAGAGGACAUCAGAUUGUUGUCUAGGGAUAUUGCAAGAUCUUGAGCGGGUAUGAAUCGCCUGGGAAAUUAAGUGUAAUUAAGCAUCUCACUACUUCUGUGUUCCACAACUUUCCCCUGCCACUCGUGGUACACAUGGUGUGGGAACUAAUGAUCAGCGAAAACGUUACUAUUACUUCCUGAGCAAGUGCAGACCCACGUAUGAACUGUGUACACAUUCAUUGGAUGCCACAAAUGGGUCCAGUGCAGCGACCUACAGGGAUCUCUGGGAUUUUAUGCUAGGCUGCCAGGUCCACAUGACAACUUGCACAUUACCAAUUUGUAUGUGAAUCGUGCACCGUUUCUGACUAAACAGGCCAGUGUGAAAACCCCCUAAGAGGACCAAGCCUGUUCCAGCAUGUCCACAUGGGUGAACAGUACCAGCACAAUGAAAAUCAAGCCAAGAAUCCUGACCUCAACCCUCAAGACCUGUAACACCUGAUCUCACUAAUACUCUUGUGGCUAAAUGAGCAAAUCUCCCUGCCACACCCCAAAAUCUGGUUAAAAGCCUUGAUAAGAGUAGAGGUUAUUAUAUAACAUACAGGGCUAAAUCUGGAAUGGGAUGUUUAAAAAUCACAUAUAUGUACUGUUCACUUGUCCACAACCUUUUAGCCAUGUUUAAACAGGAAGCUAUUGACCUUGAGUGACCUUGGCCAUGUUUCAGGUCCAUUUCAAUAUCGGAUAGGUUCAUUUGCAGCUUAUAAGGAUAGUCCUGUUCCACCUAGUGGCAGAGGCAUAAAAUUACAACAUGUGUUACUAAGCUAUUGAUUAGAUUAUAAAUUUUCUGAUUAAAAGAUUACAACUUUCUGUUGUUAAAAAAAAACUUAACUUCACUACAAUUCCCAUUUUAUAUAUCAUACACUUAUUUAUGAUUGAGUAAAAGAUAGUAAAUGGUGUCUUUAUAUUUACACUAAUAAAUAAUAAUGCUUUAAUGAGUCCCUGUGAGGAAGAGUCUACUCCUCUAUCGCAGGCCUUCUGCAUUCACUGGGUCUAAUGAGAGGACCGGGCUUGUGCAUCACACUGCAGUGUUUGCAGCAAAUGAUUGGGUGUGUCGGUGUAGUUAGGUGAAGUGCAUUAUGUUUAAUCAAAGCUACUCAACAAAAAAAAAAAAAACAUUUCCGUCUCUAGAAUGUUUUUGGGUUGUUGGCCAAGCCUUCGCAAGAUAUCUCAAGAAGGAGUGGUUGAAUGUUAAAUAAGAUAAGAUCCCAAAUCCAGAAGGAAUCUAUUUUGCCAGAGACUGCAAGUACAAAAGAGAAAUAAAUAUAAAUAUAGAAAUUAAAUAUGCUAUAUGUACAAAAGUGGUGCUUGAGAAUGACGAUGAUAUUGCACAUAAUGUUAACGCACAUAUUGUAAAUAUUGUAGAUCGGGAUGGUGCUCAUAGUAAUACGGUGAUACAGUUGGUGGUCAUUGUGUUAGCUCUGUUUCCUACUGUAAGGGAAGGAGUAAUGGAGUUCGAUGCCCCUGCAGACAAUUUAGUGUCUCUCACUUUGUCAGUCAGAGUUUAAUACAAGACACGGGGGUGGGGGAGUGUGAGAGAGUGAGUGAGAGAGAGAGUGAGUGUGUGUGUGAGAGAGAGUGUGUGUGUGUCUGUAAGGGACUAUGUGUGUGAGAGUGAGUGUGUGUGCAUCUGUAAGAGACUUUGUGUUUGUGUGUGUAUGACAGAGAGAGUGUGUGUGUCGGUAAGAGACUGUGUGUGUGCACACGAGAGAGAGAGUCUGCACGUGUGUUUGUGAAAGAGAGUGUGUGUGUUUUGACAUGUAUGUUGCGGUUGUCAUGUAAAAAUGAAAGGUUUUAAUAGGGAUGCACUCAUCUGAUGUAGAACUGGUAUCUGACAAAUAUUGCCCUUUAACUCUGGAUUGCUCUUGAAUCAGUGAUUUUUGUCAUUUUCAAUGAUUUAUUAUGCUGUUAUAAUAUAUACUGUGUGUGUGUAUGUGUGUGUGUGUGUGUGUGUGUGUGUGUGUGUGUGUGUGUGUGUGUGUGUAUAUAUAUAUGCCUGUAAUGUUCGUUUCAAAUUUCCUCUUUUCAAACAGUUCAGCAAGAGUUCAGUUGCUUGACUAGGAUCAUUUUUUCCCCCUCAUGUUAAGUGCAUCAUUUGUUAAAAGCUCUCUAAUACAGGCUGAUCACUGAAAUGUGCUUUCCUGCUGUUUGUAUGUCAUUUUUUAGUAAGUGGGCUUCUAGUAUGUUUGUACGACACUGUGAAUGAGAUUAAAUAGGUCAAACUCUGAUAUAGAGCAGGUUCCUGGGGUUCUCUUAGCUCGCAGUUAGCAUCGCUCCUGCUGGGAAUCGUGCUGUUAUUGAAAAUGGCCUUAUACUCGUUUUCUG